CGGGCGGAGGGAGCCUGGAAGGAUUUCCUGAGCCUGGGGGCCGGAGGGCGCGCAGCGAGGACCCUGAACCUGUCAGGGCCGGGCUGCUGGCUCCCGCACAGCCCCCGCCCCCCAACCGGCACAGCCCGCAUCCAGCCCCGCUGCAGAGCCGCAGGGAAGCGAACCCGGGAGAAACAAGAGGGGUCCGCGGGAGGCUGGAGAGAUCCAGGCGGACGCUCUUGGCGGCUCCUCCCAGCGGCGGCGGCUCGGAGCGGGCUCCGGGGCUGGAGCGCAGCGGCCAGCGGGCGCUGGGCGGCGAGGAUUACCCGGGGAAGCGUUGCCUCCUGGCUGGAGCCUCGGAGAGGAGCUCUCGGGGUGCAGAGCGGGAGCGCAAGAGGACUGCCGGCUCGUCGACCGGAGGGAGCGCGGGGACCGGGCGAGCAGGCCGCGUCGCGCUCACCAUGGUCCGCUGCUGGGACACCGGCGUCCUGCUGUGCGCGCUGCUGGGCUGCCUGCUUCUCCCAGGACCAAGUUCAGGUUCAACAUUAAAAAGUCCUGAACUGAAUUUAAAAGGCACCCAGCACGUCUUGCAAGCAGGCCAGACACUCACUCUCAAAUGCAGGACUGAAGCACCCCACUCGUGGACCUUUCCAAAAAUUCUGCGUAAGGAUAAACGGCUCAGCAUAAUUAAAUCUGCCUGUGAAACAGACACCGAACAAUUCUGUAGUACCUUGACCUUGAAUUCAGCUCACGCAAACCAAACUGGCUUCUACAGCUGCAAAUAUCUGCCUUCCGCUGCUCCAAAAGGGAAGCAAACAGAAUCUAAGAUCUAUGUAUUUGUUAAUGACGCAAAUCAGCCUUUCGUAGAGAUGCACCAUGAUAUACCCGAGGUGUUAUACUUGACAGAAGGAGAGGAGCUUAUCAUUCCCUGCCGGGUUUCAUCACCUGACAUCAAUGUUGUUCUUCAAAAGUUUCCACAAGACAUUCUGGUCCCUGAUGGAAAAAAAAUAAUUUGGGACAGUAGGAAGGGUUUCAUAAUAACCAAUGCAACAUACCGAGAAAUAGGGCUGCUGAUCUGUGAAACAAAAAUCGACGGACAUUCUUAUUCUUCAACCUAUCUCACACAUCGACCAAGCAACAUAAUCAUGAAUGUCCAGAUGGGUCCAGCAAAUCCAGUGAAACUGCUCCGCGGUCACCCUCUGACCCUCAACUGUACAGCCACAGCUGCCUUGAACACAAGAGUUCAGAUUAUCUGGAAUUACCCUGGGAAGAAAACUGGGAGAGCAACUAUAAGGCAACGAAUUGACCAAAGCGAUCCCCUUGCCAAUGUGUUCCACAGUGUUCUUACUAUUCCAAAAGUGCAGAGAAAUGACAGGGGACUGUAUGCCUGCCACGUAAAGAGUGGACCUUCGGCCCAAUCAGCUAACACCACCGUGCAAGUGUAUGGAAAGGCAUUCAUCUCUGUGAAACAUCGGAAAAAGAAUGUGUACGAGACUACGGCUGGAGAACAGUCCUUCGAGCUGUCCGUGAAAGUGAACGCCUUCCCUCAGCCAGAAGUCUUAUGGCUGAAAGAUGGUUUACCUGCAACAACGAGAUCUGCUCGUUAUUUGCCUCAUGGCUAUUCAUUAAUUAUCAAAGAUGUAACUCCAGAGGAUGCAGGGAUUUACAAGAUCCUUCUAAGCAUAAAGCGGCCAAAGAUGUUUAAAAGCUUCACUGUCACUCUAAUUGUAAAUGUGAAACCGGAGAUCUAUGAGAAUGCCCUGUCGUCAUUUCCAGAACCAAAUCUCUACCCGCUGGGCAGCAAGCAGAGCCUGACCUGUACCGUCUCUGGAGUCCCUCAACCUACAGUGCAGUGGUUCUGGCAGCCCUGUGAUCACUUUCCCUUCAUGGCAGGGUCGGACUUGUGUUCCACUAGUGAAGAGUCUUUUCUCCUGAAUUCUCGCAGCAACGUGGACAACAGAAUUGAGAGCAUCACCCAGCGCAUGGCAAAAACAGAAGAAAUGAAUAAGAUGGCAAGCACCUUGGUUGUGGCGGAUGCUAGAGUUUCUGGAAUCUACAGUUGCGUGGCUUCCAAUAAAAUAGGAACUGUGAAAAGAAACAUAAUUUUUUAUGUUACAGACGUGCCAAAUGGGUUUCACAUUAACUUGGAGAAAAUGCCCGUGGAAGGAGAGGACCUGAAACUGUCUUGCACAGUUAACAAAUUCUUAUACACAAACAUUACCUGGAUUUUGCUGCGGACAGUAAAUAACAGAACGAUACAUCACAGUAUCAGCAAGCAAAAGACGGCCAUCACUGGGGAGCGCUCCAUCACCCUUCACCUCGUCAUCAGGAACGCAUCUCUGGAAGAUUCGGGCACGUACGCCUGCAGAGCCAGGAAUGUACACACAGGGGAAGAAACCCUUCAGAAGACAGAAGUUAUAAUUAGAGGUCAGGAAGCUCCACACCUGCUGCAGAACCUCAGCGAUCACACGGUGGCCAUCAGCAGCUCCGCCACCUUAGACUGUCACGUGGGAGGGGUCCCGGAACCUCAGAUUACUUGGUUUAAAAACCACCACAAAAUACAGCAAGAGCCCGGAAUUAUUUUAGGACCAGGAAACAGCACACUGUUUAUUGAGAGAGUCUCAGAAGAAGAUGAAGGUGUGUAUCAGUGCAGAGCCACCAACCAGAAGGGGACCGUGGAGAGUUCAGCGUACCUCACCGUGCAAGGAACCUCAGACAAGUCUAACCUGGAGCUGAUCACCCUGACCUGCACCUGUGUGGCCGCCACCCUCUUUUGGCUCCUGUUAACUCUCUUUAUCCGGAAACUGAAAAGGUCUUCUUCAGAAAUAAAGACCGACUACCUGUCAAUUAUAAUGGACCCUGAUGAAGUCCCCCUGGAUGAGCAAUGUGACAGGCUCCCCUACGACGCCAGCAAAUGGGAGUUCGCCCGAGACAGACUCAAGCUGGGCAAAUCUCUGGGAAGAGGAGCUUUUGGGAAAGUGGUUCAAGCGUCAGCCUUUGGCAUUAAGAAGUCACCCACUUGCCGGACUGUGGCUGUGAAGAUGCUGAAAGAGGGAGCCACAGCCAAUGAGUACAAAGCUCUGAUGACUGAGCUCAAGAUCUUGACCCACAUUGGACACCAUCUAAACGUGGUUAAUCUGCUGGGAGCCUGCACCAAGCAAGGAGGGCCUCUGAUGGUGAUUGUUGAAUAUUGCAAAUAUGGGAAUCUAUCCAACUACCUUAAGAGCAAACGUGACUUAUUCUUUCUCAGUAAGGAUGCUGCGUUACACACGGAGCCUAAGAAAGAGAAUUCCGAGCCAGGCCUGGAACAGGACAAGAAACCCAGGCUAGACAGCGUCACCAGCAGCGAGAGCUUUGCAAGCUCCGGGUUUCAGGAAGAUAAAAGUCUGAGUGAUGUGGAGGAAGAGGAGGAUUCUGAUGAUUUCUACAAGCAGCCCAUCACCAUGGAAGAUCUAAUUUCUUACAGUUUUCAAGUGGCCCGAGGCAUGGAGUUUUUGUCUUCCAGAAAGUGCAUUCACCGAGACCUGGCCGCGCGAAACAUCCUUCUAUCUGAGAACAAUGUGGUGAAGAUUUGUGAUUUUGGCCUGGCCCGGGAUAUUUAUAAAAACCCCGAUUAUGUGAGAAAAGGAGAUACUCGACUUCCUCUGAAAUGGAUGGCUCCUGAAUCCAUCUUUGACAAGAUCUAUAGCACCAAGAGUGACGUGUGGUCCUAUGGGGUGUUGCUGUGGGAAAUCUUCUCUCUAGGUGGGUCUCCGUACCCAGGAGUGCAGAUGGAUGAGGACUUCUGCAGUCGUCUGAAGGAAGGCAUGAGAAUGAGGGCCCCUGAGUACGCAACCCCUGAAAUCUAUCAGAUCAUGUUGGACUGCUGGCACAAAGACCCAAAGGAAAGGCCACGAUUUGCAGAACUUGUGGAAAAACUAGGUGAUUUGCUUCAAGCCAAUGUGCAACAGGAUGGUAAGGACUAUAUCCCACUGAACGCCAUACUGACAGGAAACAGUGGGUUUGCAUACUCAGCUCCGGCCUUCACUGAAGACUUUUUCAAGGAUAGUAUUUCAGCUCCAACAUUUAAUUCUGGAAGCUCGGAUGAUGUCAGAUACGUAAAUGCUUUAAAAUUCAUGAGUCUGGAAAGAAUCAAAACCUUUGAAGAACUUUCACCAAAUACCACCUCCAUGUUUAACGAUUAUCGGCUGGACAGCAGCACCCUGUUGGCCUCCCCCUUGCUGAAGCGCUUCACCUGGACUGCAAGCAAACCCAAGUCCUCGCUAAAGAUUGACUUGCGCGUCACCAGUAAAAGUAAGGAGUCGGGGCUUUCCGAUGCCAUCGGGCCCAGUUUUUGCUUUUCCAGCUGUGGCCACAUCAGAUCUGUGCAUGACAACUUGGAGCUAGGAAAGGAGGAUUUAUGCUGCCCUCCACCCCCAGACUACAACUCAGCGGUCUUGUACUCCACCCCACCUGCCUAAGGCUCAACACAAGCCCUAUUUUCAGAAUACAAGUGUAUUUACACCCCAGAAAACUAGCUUUUGACAGUAUUACGCAUCUAUGAGUUUACACCUUUAUCUUUGCAGGGAGCAGAGGCAGCUGCUUUUUGUGACUUAAUUUUAAUAUUGCUUUUUUUUUUUUACUAACAAGAAUGUAACCCCAGAUAGGGAAAUAGUGACAAGUGAAGAACACUACUGCUCAGUUUUCAUCUGACUCACUGUAGUAAAGAAACCCUUGGUAAGCCCAAUGACUCACCUGCUCCAACUCCCGAAGCCUCUGAGCACACAGAUCAGAACUCAGGAGAACCCUGGAACAAGGGCAACCAAGGAUCAUGCGCUGGCCAGGAGUGUAAGACAUCUAAGGAGAAGAGCAAGAAAGGAGAGGAAACCUGAGUUGGCCUGGGAAAGACUGAGAUGCCUCACGUGGGGUGGGCUGGGGGAGGGCUCUCUGCAACACUAUGGCUAGUUCCCCAGUCCUGACCACGGGAGUGGACAGGAUAGACAGGGGAACUAAAGCACAUCUUACAAGUCUCCCUGUGGGCCUGUGCUGUACCGUCCCUGCACAGGGCAUGCUCUGAUUGACAGCACCGAGGGUGGGCUUGCCUCGAAGCCCACAGUGGUGGUUCUUCCGGUGGGAACUCAGCCCGAGCUGGGCUGGCUGUGGGGCAUGAAGCUCGUUGUUCAUAAGAAGCUAAGAUCGGUGGACAGUUAGGGCUGCCUACUAGUGGGCUCAAAGUCACGUUUUAAAACGUCAGAUUCUAUAUUAGGUAUUAACAUAUAGACACUUAACUUUUUGCAUUAUCCGUUUUGUACAGUUAGCUAUACAAGGAAGCCAAGGAGAGUGAAAAUGCAGUCUUGUAGAGGGCUUUUUCCUGUACCACAAUGAGGGUUGAUGCAACACAACCCAGUAAGGCAGAGUGAAAUUCCAUCUGCACAGCCAAAGCAGCUCACCCAAUGAACUGGGGCAUGCGGCAGAGGCAGUCAUGCUUCCUUUUAUUUAAUGGGGAUUCCAGUGUCUCGUGCUAAUCUGGAAGGAUCUGGAAGAGCAUUAAUCAGUAUCUAUUAAGCACUUUAUGCUCCUUGGUUUAAAAAAAGGCAAUAUGUGACAUGUAAGGUAUUUGCUACAGUUAGGGACUCAAGAUACUAAUUAUGAGCCGUCAGAACAGAACAGCCUCUUGCCACCUGCUUUUCCUCUUGCCUUGGGUCUGAGGAUGAUCACAUUAGGGAGACAGGGUAGAAACAGGGGGACAGGGUAGAAAAGGGCGCCUACACUUCAGCCUCUGCUGGAUGCUAUCACUGCAAGCUCUGGUCUGUGUGUUUAGGACACAUGGACCUGCAGAAGCCACAGCAGAUGGGCAACAGUGAGUCGCUGCUUUGGGGAGAGAAGAGCAUCCUCCCUCUUGUGCAGGCCACCUAAUUCUAGAACCUGAAUUCUAUUUGCAUGGAGGAUAGGAGAGUCAGCACACUGCCCAGGGAGACAGUGGGCACGCCAUGGUGGCUCCUGGGGAUUCGCCAGCCAGAACAGAGUGAGGCAAGCCUGUUCACCAAGCUCUAAAUCCAAACUUGGGUAGGGCCAGAAGAGCAAAGGCAAAGCAAAACUUUGUUCUUCUUCCUUCCAUGCAUAAAAGUUCCUGUGACAACUGGCAAUAGUGUAAAUCAGGCAAUAGACAUAACAGACAUAAACAGGAAAUAAAAGAAUGCCCCAAUAAUUGUCUACUUUUUUUCAGAUCAGGUAAGGAUCCAGCAAUUUAUGAUAAAAGGAAAAUCUCAGCUAUGCCAUUUUAAUAACCUAAUUCAUAUAAGAUCUUAGUAAAUGCCCUUUUCCAAAGGAGGGGGACAAUCUACUUAAGAUUCUGUUACUCAGGUUUAAGAUGCAGGCUUGUAGACUACUUAAACCCAUUUGCAAAAAUUAAAAAAUGGCCCCAUUGGAGCGUUAACAUAGAAAAAUGGAAGCUUAUAGUAAUGAAUUCAACUGCAGAGGCAUUAAAGCAGCACUGAAAAUUAAAACACUAACUGAUGGUAAUGUUAGAACCACUUGCCAUUUAUGAGAUAAAUGGUCAGCCCUAACAGAGGACAGGCAUCUCCUUCUUGGGUCUGUGCGGUAACCUAUGUGGAACUGUGUGGAUGCACUGGGACUGAAGUAUUAUUACAAAUCUGUACGUAGUUAGCCCAAGAAAUGAUGCUCAGACAUGAGUUUUAGCCAAGGGGACAAAUGUGUCCAAAUCCUGAAAAAUGCCACUCAUAUUUUUGAGCAAAUGCCGUGUUUCCCAGCCUGUAAGAAUGUUAAACACUAAACAGAUUCUUACCGCCCCCAUCUCAGUUGAUUACAGGAGUGCAUCUCUGACAGUGGUAGGAGCUAUGUGUAUAUGUGUAUGUGUUUGUGUGUUCUGUGCGUAACUAUUUAAGGAAACUGGAAUUUUAAAGUUACUUUUAUAUAAAUUGAGAAUAUAUGCUACAGAUAUAAGACAUGAUUUGGUCAUACACUCCUAAUCAUGAUGAAUGUAUUUCAUAUACUAUCUUCAUAUAUUAAACUUAACUUCCAAAACAUUA